AUGGACAUGAAGCUCGACUACUGUAGCCUGGUCGAUACCCAGGUUCGCCAGGCACACUACGGUCCUUCCGUUCAUCACGACAGCUUUUCGUCGGCUUCUGCGUCGUCUGCCAGCUUUGGCCCAUUUUCACCUGCUUCAGAGCAGACAUCUUCUAGCGACCACCGACUCGGAUCCAUGGGAUCGUGUAAUUUCGAAGCAGGUACGUCUGCGGGUAGCUUUUCGGGCUUGCCCAUGGUCGAUCAGCUCGAGACAGCGCCGUCGUCUUCUUCGAUGCCCAACUUUUUCGCCUCGCUUGAAAUGCAGCAAGCUCAAGCAAACAUGGUUGCCGCAGCGGCUACUGUUGCACCGCACAUGACUUCGGGCUACAUGUCGACAUCGGCUUUCCCGCAGCCGCCUGCUACACCCGGCCGCAACAGCAGCACAAGCAGUCAUAAUAGUAGUCCCAUCACGCCGGCUAACAUGCUGUCAUCAUACCCUUCGUCUGUCACGACACCUGAUUCGGCUUCACCUCACCAUCAGAACAUGCUGUGCGGAGCGGGCUCGUCUGAUGCAUACUUUGCCGACAUGCAGCACCAGAACCAUCGUCACCAGACGAUUCAACAUCACGGUGUUCACCAACAGCAGCAAGCAUAUCAUACAGCUCACCAGCAGCAUGUUUACCGCGAGCAGCAGUCUCCGGUAUACAACAUCAUGGCGACCCCGUCGCCUGCUCACUCUUUGAGAAUUGAAAACAGCACUUCCCCUACAGAUUUUAUGUUCAAUGGCAAUGGACGGGUGGAAAGCCCUAUCAGGGACUACUUCGGUGAAAGAUCGGCUAACCUCCCGCCUCUUCCGCCUUCUGCUACACUUCCUUCGUCGAUCGUUAAGAACGAGCUCGUCGAGAGGUACAGCUCGCCUGAAGAUGCUGAUUCGACCAACCUGGCCCGUCGCUAUUCGACUGCCUCGUCUGUUUCUUCGUAUGCUAGCACAAACAUGGCUAUGCAUCGUCAGUACAGCCGGAUGGGCGAUGUCCGUCGCAACUCAGAGGCCCUCCAGCGGAUCAGCAACCGCCAGUACGACUACUCCUCGUACGCCAACGGCAGCGCCUCGCCCGCUGCUGGCGGCGGCCACCUUGUGGUCCGGAACGGUAUUCGGGUGUCGAGAGUGGCAUCGGGUGCCUUCAAAUGUAUUGUUUCGGGUUGCCCAUCUCGUCCGUUCAAACGGUCUGAGCACCUGAAGCGUCAUGUUACAACGCACCACGAAAACAAGGAUACUUUCCCAUGCGAGUUUUGUGGUCGCAGCUUUAACCGCAAGGACAACUGGCGCUCUCAUCUGAAGCUCCACACGAUUUCUCGUGGCAAGAAUGCCCGUACCGACUACUUCGCCAAGGCGGUUCAAGUUUACAACGAGGAGAUGCGCAAAGUGAGCAAGUGCCGGCCCCGGAAGGAGAAGCUGGUACAUGACGAGUGA